UAUUAAGAGGAUUUUCCAGUCUGUUUCUGGUAAUUGGUCCUGGAAGAUGCCUCAGUUCCUGCUUAUCUGCCUCUUCAUCCUGGUCCCCUCGGUGUCAUCAACAGCCCUAGAUCCUUGUUCUGCUUACAUCAGUCUGAAUGAGCCCUGGAGGAACACUGACCACCAAUUUGAUGAGUCCCAAGGUCCUCCUCUGUGUGACAACCACGUGGAUGGGGAGUGGUACCGCUUCACAGGCAUGGCGGGAGAUGCCAUGCCCACCUUCUGCAUACCGGAAAACCACUGUGGAACCCAUGCACCUGUCUGGCUCAAUGGCAGCCACCCGCUCGAAGGUGACGGCAUUGUGCAACGCCAGGCCUGUGCCAGCUUCAAUGGGAACUGCUGCCUCUGGAACACCACGGUGGAGAUCAAGGCUUGCCCUGGAGGCUACUAUGUGUAUCGUCUGACCAAGCCCAGCGUCUGCUUCCAUGUCUACUGUGGCCAUGAAAAUGAAUGUGAUCAAAACAAUGGUGGCUGCAGUGAGAUCUGUGUGAACCUGAAAAACUCCUACCGCUGUGAGUGUGGGGUUGGCCGUGUGCUAAGAAGUGAUGGCAAGACUUGUGAAGACAUCGAAGGAUGCCACAGUAACAACGGCGGCUGCAGCCAUUCUUGCCUUGGGUCUGAGAAGGGAUACCAGUGCGAAUGUCCCCGGGGCUUGGUGCUGUCUGAGGAUAACCACACUUGCCAAGUCCCUGUGCUGUGCAAGUCGAACACCAUUGAAGUGAGCGUCCCCAGGGAGCUGGUUGGCGGCCUGGAGCUCUUCCUGACCAACACUUCCUGCCGAGGGGUGUCCAAUGGCACCCACGUCAACAUCCUCUUCUCCCUCAAGACGUGUGGCACAGUGGUCGAUGUGGUGAAUGACAAGAUCGUGGCUAGCAACCUUGUGACAGGUCUACCCAAGCAGACGCCAGGGAGCAGCGGGGACGUCAUCAUCCGAACCAGCAAACUGCUGAUCCCGGUGACCUGCGAGUUUCCACGCCUGUACACCAUUUCUGAAGGAUACGUUCCCAACCUUCGAAACUCCCCGCUGGAAAUCAUGGGCCGCAAUCAUGGGAUCUUCCCGUUCACGCUGGAGAUCUUCAAGGACAACGAGUUUGAGGAGCCUUACCGGGAAGCUUUGCCCACCCUCAAGCUCCGCGACUCGCUCUACUUUGGCAUCGAGCCCCUGGUGCACGUGAGCGGCUUGGAGAGCAUGGUGGAGAGCUGCUUCGCCACGCCCACUGCCAAGAUCGACGAGAUCCUGAAGUACUACCUCAUCCGAGACGGCUGUGUUUCAGAUGACUCAGUAAAGCAGUACACAUCCCGGGAUCACCUAGCAAAGCACUUCCAGGUCCCCGUCUUCAAGUUUGUGGGCAAAGACCACAAGGAAGUGUUUCUGCACUGCCGGGUUCUAGUCUGUGGAAUGCUGGAUGAGCGCUCCCGCUGUGCCCAGGGUUGCCACCGGCGAAUGCGUCGUGAGGCAGUAGGAGAGGACCCUGCUGGUCUACAGAGCCAGAUGCUGACUGGCGGCCCGAUCAGCAUUGACUGGGAGGACUAGGUCAUCGUAACACCUUGAGCUAGCUUCAGAUGGCUCUCCUCUCUGGAGCUCCUUCUCGUGUCCUCUGAGAACAUCAGCCAACCUCCUGGAGCACCUAACCUCUUUAAACUUCACAUUGUAAGUUUGGACAAACUCCCAGAACCGACUCACUCUGAUUCUGGUCCGCCAGGUCGGCACAGGUCACAGCACUGCUGAACAACGUGGCUGGGUGGGGUUUCACCCUCCUAAGUGAAAACUAAGCUGUCACCUAGAAGGAAGCUUAUCCGUUUUCCUCAUUUCUUUCCUACAAUUAAAUACCUCGUGCAUGAUGUCAUAGGACCACUAAAAUCAGAAGUUGGGUAUAAUAUUUCAAGCUAGAAACCUUAAAAAAAAUUAGUUACUGAAAUUAUGACUUUAAAUACCCAGUGAUACCAUAAAUAUGUAAAAAACAAAC